UUUGAUCUUACCUGUUCCUCUAUCCAGCCGCGCGCUGUCUUCCCGGCUUCUGUAGUGUGGGCGCUCGGCAUGACAGCCGGGUGCCCAGUGCGCAUGAGCGAGAAGCACUUGCGCUUUGUGAUUGGUCCGGCGGCUUUGGGAUCUGUCAUGUGUCCCAGGUACCGCCUUACCAUUCACAAAAAGCACCCCUUCUUGCGCAUGCGCACUUGGCACCCGGCUGUCAAGCCCACACUACAGAAGCCAGGAAGACAGCGCACCGCUGGAUAGAGGAACAGGUAAGGUCCCGCUGCAGAGCUGA